AUGAGCGCCAAUCUGCCAUAUGCCGCAGAUGCGGAAAGCCCAUUGAAACCAGCAGAACUUCAAACCAAGUUCAACUAUGCCUGGGGCCUCAUAAAAUCGCACAAACGUGAAGAGCAGCAACUCGGAGUGCAACUCCUCUCCGACAUAUUCAAGACUACGCCGGAACGAAGGCGAGAAUGCCUCUACUAUCUGGCCUUGGGCAAUUACAAGUUGGGCAACUACGCUGAAGCACGGCGGUACAAUGAUUUGCUGCUGGAGAAAGAGCCGGGGAAUCUGCAGGCCAGUAGCUUGCGGCAGUUGAUCGAUGACAAGGUGUCGAAGGAGGGUCUGAUGGGCAUGGCUAUAGUGGGCGGUGCCGUUGCUGUUGCUGGGAUUGUUGGUGGGAUGUUGAUGCGGAAUUCGAGGCGGAGAUGA